CUCGUUAGUUUGGAAUUGGAGCUAAGCUAGCUAGCACAACAAAGUUUUCCAAUGAAGAGGCAGAGAAAUGUGGAGUGAAAUAGUUUGAAGGUUGUUGUGAAGUUUGAAGCUGAUUCGACGGCGAAGAUGGGAAAGAAGAGAGGGGUGAUCAAAGAAGAUCAGGCGGGCAAUAAGGCCGAGGAAGAGUACAAGUGUAGCGAAAUAAGUCCCUCAUCGAGUACGCGGUCGGCGGCGGCGUCAAUGGCGGCGGAGAGUGGCUUAGUGGGUUGGGACGAUGAAGAGAGUUGGUGGCCGUGGUUGAGUAGCAUGGUGGACGAGCAGAUGUCGUGGGGCUCCUUUUGGUUGCCGUUUUGGGAUGUUGAGUUUAUGCAGGGUGAGGCUUAUAAUAUGUUGGUUGGUGAUGUGAUUUGGGAUGAUGAUAUUUGGGGCAUUAGGGGAAUCAAAGAGGUGCCAAAUCCAUGAGAUACUGAA